AUGGUUGGCGUAGCGGCAUAUCCCCUCACGGGAACGGCCGACCUGUCGAGGGUUGAGGCGCCCGUGACUUUCAAGGCCUAUCUGCUUUGCGCCUUUGCGGCCUUUGGCGGAAUAUUUUUUGGAUAUGACACGGGUUGGAUGUCAGGCGUGCUAGGCAUGCCCUACUUCAUCACACAAUAUACCGGACUUCAAUAUGACUAUGAUGCUGGCCGGCCAGUCGACGUCGACCCGACCCAGUUCGCACUCCCGUCGUCGACGAAGUCGCUCAUGACAUCCAUUCUAUCCUGCCGUACCUUUUUCGGAGCGCUCAUCGCCGGUGACGUAGCCGACUUCAUCGGCCGUCGACCGACCAUCAUUAUCGGCUGUGUCGUGUUCAGCGUCGGGUGUGUCCUCGAGAUCGCGUCGACCAACCAGGUCGCUCUCUUCGUCAUGGGCCGUUUGGUCUCGGGUCUCGGUGUAGGCUUCAUCUCUGCCACCAUCCUUCUCUACAUGGCCGAGGUUGCUCCCAAGAAGGUUCGAGGCGCCUUGGUUUCGGGAUACCAAUUCUGCAUCACGCUGGGGAUCCUGCUGGCGAACUGCGUCGACUAUGCCACGGCGAACCGCAACGACACCGGCUCAUACCGCAUCCCGAUUGGCGUCCAGUUCCUGUGGGCAUUGAUUUUGGGCGUUGGCUUGUUCAUCCUCCCCGAGUCCCCGCGUUUUCACGUCAUGAAGGGCCAGUUUCAGGCUGCAGCAAGGGAUCUGUCUCUCGUUCGAGGUCAGCCGAUCGACUCCAACUACAUCAAGGACGAGCUUGCCGAAAUUGUGGCGAACCACGAAUACGAGAUGCAGGUCAUCCCGCAGACGAGCUACAUCGGGUCGUGGAUGGCCCCCUUCCAGGGGUCUCUGAGGAAAGGCAACAGCAAUCUCCGACGCACCCUCCUGGGGGCCGGUAUCAACUUCAUCUUUUACUUCGGUACCACUUUCUUCCAGCAACUAGGCACCAUCAACAACCCUUUCCUCAUCUCGCUCAUUACAACGCUGGUCAACGUCCUGUCGACCCCGGUCUCCUUCUGGGCAAUCGAGUACCUCGGGCGGCGGCCGCUGCUCAACUGGGGUGCGCUCGGCAUGUUCGUGUCGCAGUUCGUCGUCGCCAUCGUCGGGGUCACGGCGGGGCGGCCCGAGGUGGCGCGCGACGGCGGCGACGACACGGCCGCGGUGCGGGCCAUGAUAGCCUUUAUCUGCAUCAACAUCUUCUUCUUCGCAUGCACAUGGGGCCCCGUCGGUUGGGUUGUCAUCGGCGAGUGCUUCCCGCUGCCGAUCCGCUCGCGGGGCGUCGGCAUCGCCACCGCGUCCAACUGGUUCUGGAACUGCAUCAUGGCCGUCGUCACGCCCUACAUGGUCGGCGAAGAGCCCGGGUCUGCCGCGCUCGGGCCCCGUGUCUUCUUCAUCUGGGGUUCGCUGUGCCUCCUGAGCGGGGCGUUUGCGUACUUCCUGGUGCCCGAGAUGAAGGGCCUGACGCUGGAGCAGAUCGAUACCAUGAUGGUGGAGACGACGCCGAGGAGGUCGGCCGGUUGGAAGCCCACGACAACGUUUGCCGCGCAGAUGGGGAGGCUCAGGCCAUGCAUGCCCGACUUACAGAGUAGUUCACUGAUCAAAGUUCUCAAAUCCAACAAUGCCGUCUCGCCAUUGCUUCAAAGAUGA